GUGCGAACGUGAUCGAGGUGGACCUAACCCGCCAAGGGAGCGACUGGACGUCGUGGGAGACACACCCUUUUCCGCCUCCGCCGUCUUCUUGCAGCCAUAUCUGGGAAGCUGCUGUGGCUGCGGCGCAUUGUGAGCUUGCUCGAAGUAGUCUGACCACCGCCGGUACCACCGCAGUCACUCGUCCACCAUGUCGGAUGUAGAGGAGGAUGCGCGUGUUCCGUCCAAGAGGAAUCCAUUCAUCGAUGAUGAGGUAGAGGAGGACGACGACGAUGGCGAGAGCGAUGACGACUCGGAGGAUGACGGCGGCCGUCGAAGAAAAAAGAGGCCGAGGAACAGGUACAUUGAGGACGAAGCUCUCGUCGACGACGAUGACGAAGACUUGGACGACGAGGACGAUGGGUUGCUGCAAGAAGAUGGAUUUAUCGCAGAGGACCUCGCCGAUGACGGGCGGCAAACAGAGAGGGACAAUCGGCGACUGGACCAGCUGCGCAUGGCGCAGGAGGGCAAGAGCGCCGAAGAAGUCGCAGCUGAGCUCAACGCACGCUAUGCUCGCUCACGGCGCGUGACAGACAGCGACUUCUCCCAGGUGCCACAGCGUAUGCUGAUGCCCUCGGUGGAGGACCCGAACAUCUGGAGUGUCCGCUGCAAAAUUGGGCGAGAGAAGAACAUCAUCUCGACGAUCAUGCAUAAAGCCUUCCGCACUGGUCAGACGUUUGGCGACACAUCCAACGCAGGCAUCAUCUCGGCUUUUGUCCGUGACUCGAUCCCGGGGCGGCUCUUUGUAGAGGCGAGGAAGUUUGAUGCCGUGCUAGAAGGAUUGAAGGACAUCAACGGCGUGUACACGAGCCAGCCUUCGAGCAUCUUCCUCGUCCCAAUUGAUGAGAUGGCAGACUUGCUCAAGAUCACCAAGGUCCAGCGCGAGAUCAAGCCGGGUGGAUGGGUGCGCAUCAAGCGAGGGCGCUAUGCUGGCGACCUGGCGCAGAUCAUCGACCAGUCAGAAAAUGGGGAGGAGGUCGGCGUGCGCUUCAUCCCGCGCAUAGACUUGAAUCCAAGAGAGGAAGGGACGUACGUUGACAGUGCAGGGAGGAAGCGCAAGAAAUCCGAAGCUAGCGGCGCAGGCCAGACGCUCGCGUUCCGGCCGCCGCAAAGGUUCUUCAAUUACGAAGAAGUCGCCAAGGCGUAUCGCGACAAGCCGCCGCAGCCAAAAGGUCUAGGAAGAUACACCUUCAAAGGCGAUGACUAUGUGCAGGGAUAUUGCGAGAAGGAUGUAAGGCUCACCGGGCUGGUCCUUGAGGGCGUCAACCCAACGCUCGACGAGAUCUCGCGCUUCAUGGGCGAAUCCAGCGCGGAUGGCAUCGAGAGCGGGCGGAUCGACUUCUCUCUGCUGCAAGAGGCGACCAAAAAGGAGAAUGAUGUCCUUUUCCAGCCUGGUGAUCAUGUCGAGGUGUACGAGGGCGAGCAGGCGGGUGCUAAAGGUAUCGUUAACUCCCUCUUGGGGCGUGUGCUGCUGAUCGAUCUGGAAGGCGAGGAUCUGGAAGGGCAGCGCGUCGAAGUGCCGAUUCAGUCGGUUCGCAAGCGCUUCAAGCCUGGUGACCACAUCAAGGUCAUCUCGGGGACGCACGCCGAUGAGACAGGUCUGGUGGUUAAGAUCGAAGACAAUGUGACCACCUUCCUCUCCGAUCUCAGCCUUACCGAGGUCUCAGUGUUCUCCAAGGACAUUCGAGAGGCAGCUGAAGUGGGCAGUGGUGUCAACGUCAUCGGGGAUUAUGAGCUGCACAACCUCGUCCAGCUCGACGCCUCCACUGCUGGUGUCAUCUUUAAGAUCGAGCGCGAGAUGUUCCACGUGCUCGAUCAGCAGGGGCAAGUCAUCGCCGUUCGUCCGCACCAGAUUUCCAACAAGCGCGAUUCAUCGCGUGCCACCGCCAUCGACUCGAACGGCAACGAGAUGAAGACGGGCGAUGCGGUGCGCGAGGUGGACGGAGAGCGGAGGGAAGGAACCAUCUUACACGUCUACCAGGGUAUGCUCGUCUAUUUGCACAAUCGCGACAUCACCGAUAACAACGGCGUCUUCAUCGCUCGACCCAAGAAUCUCGCACCCAAGUUCCACUCUGGUAAGGCUUCCACUGACUUGUCGAAGAUGAAUCCGCACCGAUCCGGCAACAGCGGACCAAUGGCGAUGGCGCCGCCGGCCGUGACAAACUUCUCCGGGCGUGGCCGCGAUCCUUUCAAAGGCAAGCAUGUUAGCAUCAUCCGCGGCCCAUACAAGACCUACAAGGGCAUCAUCAAGGAGACUCUGGGCGUCUCGGCGCGCGUCGAGCUGCAGUCGAUGGCUAAGACGCUCACCGUCGAGUUAGACAAGAUGGUCGAGAUCGAUCCACAGACGGGCGCCAGGCGCAACAAGCUUAUUGGCCCAGGCUCGAACGGCAGCGUAGCGGGUAGCAGACAGGGCUCGUUCGCCCCUUCCUUCGGUGGCUCUCAGAGGAGCUCCUCCACCAACAUGUACGCGGCAUCGUCGCAGCUUGGCUCUGCUGCAUCCUCGGGGCCGCCGGGACUGCAACCUUCUACUGCGGCCAUGAUGGCGCCCGGCAUGAUCACCGCACGCACACCCGCUUACGGAGGCUUGGGAGACAAGACACCUGGCUACGCCAUGGGCGGACGAAGCAUGUACGCCUCCGACACCAAGACUCCCAUGUACGUUAGCAGCGGCGCUCGCACACCUGCGUACGUACAGGGACGCACGCCUGCUUGGAGCGGUGGUGCCGGAAGCCGGACGCCUGCUCAGUUCAGUCAGACACCCGCGUACGGUGGCGGCAGGACGCCCGGGUACGUCAUGAACGGCGCCGCCACUCCAUAUGGAGGUAACACUACGCCGAAUCCUUAUGGCGACAGGACGGCUGGCGUCACCUCGGGUAGUGCGGUGCCGGGAAGGUCGUACACCUUGGAAACGCCCAUGGUUGACAGCGGUAUGCCCGGACAUGCCGAGUCGAGCUGGACCAAGCAGCCUUCUUCAGCAUUGGAAAGGCCCCUACCCAUCGCAGGUAUGCGAGCGAAGAUUGUCGCCGAUCGCCACGUGCCGCCGUAUCGCGGCGGCGAAUGGGACGAUACGAUCUGCAGUGUGACGGCCAUCGACGAGGCCGCCAAGACAUGCACAUCCUUUACCGACGACGGACGCGAACUGAAAGAUGUGCCAUUCGCCAACGUCAAAGCCGAGAGGCCGCUGCUGCACCGACUCUGCCUGGUCCUGCACGGCCAAUCAAGAGGCCAGCGUGCAACGCUGAAAGCCAUCGAUGCCAACACAGACGAAGCAAUGGCCGCUUUGACGAACGGCGCGACGCUCACGUUGCCGACUGUAUACUUGGCUCAGAUGGCAUGAGCACGUCAAAUAAUGAAACACAUCAGACCUUUGUACUCUAUCUCUUGUUGAGAAGUUGAUAUCAUUUUCUGAUGCUUUA